AUGAAGGACACUCUGCGGAAGAAGUCGAAAAAGACGGGAUCUGGAGGCGAGCUCGAGGCGGCUUCUCAGCUCGACGUGACUUCCCAGUCCAGCGACUCGGUGUCUCCCAAUCCGUGGGCUAGUGAAGCCUCUUCGACCACGAAUGGUGAAGCGAUCUCGCGGCAGGUCUCCAAGACUUCGAGGACUCCCGACACCGCUUCGCCCAUCCGGAGUAUCAUGUCUACCGCUACCCGGGACGAAAACGAAACGUUUUAUGAGACAUCUCCAGCUCCCGCUCAGCAAUUAGAAGUCCCCGGCACAAAUGGUGACAAUGGCAACGAAGAGGCGAAACCAACUCGUCGAAGGAAGACUGUCACCAAGACUCCCCAUACCUUUGAACUUGAAGCAGAUUUACAAGCAGUCAAAGCGAAGGAACAACCUCCUCCAGCAGAGCCACCCAAACAAGAUGUCCCGGCCCCGGUCCUGAAAAAGAAGAAACGCGUGUCUAUAUCUCAAGCUCCUCCUCCGGAACUCGCAGGGACUACGACCAUGGUGAAUUCUGUGCCGUCAAUCGUCCAAACAACCAGCCCGAUAGGCUCACCUAAAACACCAUCGGCGGCUGUUCCACCUUCGACACCAACUCAACCCGCUCCUCCGUCCGUAGCAAUCUCGCCGGCGUCCCCCAAACAGGGCACAUCUUCGACGCCUGCACCAGUGAACCCGUUCAGCGCUCAGCGGACCAAGAAAUCUCAAUCCCUUUCCUCCGUCCCUCAAGUCUUCACCUCCAAUCCCUGUCGCUUCACCCCGCCAGCCCUGCCGAAAGAGUCCUUCCAUGGCAAAGUCAUCGUCCUCACGCAUGGUGCCAGCCAGGUCGGCCAGGCCAUGAUACGUCAUUUUCAUGCCGCCGGAUGCCGCGUUCUUUUUGGGGAUACAAACCCGGACCAAGCCCGCAAAUUCAUCUCUUCACUGGGUCCUCCCCACGUGGUCCAUUUCAACAAGUGCGAUCUGACCAGAUAUUCCGAUAUGCUUGAGCUUUUCAGGCUCGCAGUGACCAUGUACGGUCGCGUCGACCACGCUAUAUUCGGUGUUGGCGAGGAUGGUGGUCAGGCUAGUACAGUCGGUGGUGGGGAGAAGGGUUGGUUCGAAGAUCGCCCAGGAAUCAAUAAAACAGCCAAGAUGGCCUAUGAUGAGGUUGCGACAGAGCCCGGCGGUCUAGGAGACAUCCUCACCGCCAGUGUCCGCUUCGCUCGCAUUGCGAUGGCAUAUCUAAAGUACUCACCGAAGGCAAAGAAUAACAAAAAGUUCGUCAACCCAUAUUCGACGCCGCCGGCCGAAGUACCCACGUCACCUGGGACCAACGACCGAAGCUUGACUUUCAUCACAUCCACCUCGGCCUUUAAGGAGACUCCGCAACUGCCGAUUUAUCAAAUGACGCAGCAUUCGAUACUAGGGCUAGUCCGUAGCCUGCGGACGGGGUUCGAUCCCGAUCCGGAGCGAGAUGGCGUCCGAAUCAACGCGGUCGUCACCAAUGUGAUGAUUCCGCGGGCCGUUGCGCAAGCCGGAGGCCGGAGCAUGUCUGUACAACUGCCGCCCGACAGACCAGAGGAUGUGGCUCGCGUCGUGGUGGGAGUGGUUGCAACGAACUCUACCACACCGGAUAUGAUCGGGCAUGAUAGUUCAGACGGAGGUGGGAUCACAAACGGAGGAGGCAUCUGGUACGAGAAAGGCCAUGAAAGGGGUAUGAGGGAGAAGUAUCUGCACGGGCGUGUCAUCUAUGCUGCCGGGUCCGAGUGUUGGGAUAUUCAAGAAGGUUUGGAUCGAAGUGAAGCUGUUUGGAUAGGACAGAAGCCGGCUGAGGCGUUGAGCAGGAACAUGGCAGGAGUGAGCCUGAACGGCGCGGGUGGACAGAGCUCGUGGAUCUUGGAUAUGAUCUGA